AUCCCGCCGAAAAUGUCAUGAUCAGUGCUAAUCUACUUGGUUCGUACAGACGGCUUGAGCCAGCCCGCGAUCAUUGCUGGCGACCAAAUUAGCCCGUUUGAUCGGUCAUACACGUAUCUGGCUCUAUGCGACUGCGAAUGUAACCCUCAUCGCGAUGCAUCGGAGUUGUCCGUCAGGAGUGUGCAAGCAAAACCUUGCUCCGCCCUCCUGUCUAUCUACCUAUUGGGCGGUCUCGAAUGAGUGUGCACGAGCAGUGAGGAGCUUCUUCCAGAAAGCCCAACAACAGAACUUGUUUCGGCCAGGCUGGGCGUCAAUCUACUAGCCUGGGUCACUCACCAACAUCAACACGCUGCCGUUCCACAAGCACGGUCACUGCCAGCGUGGACGGGACAAACACAGCUUCUUCAACUGCCGAAGAAAACCCGUCUGGGCACACGCAGACCGAUCAUCGCGGAGCAAUUUCUACAAGGCCUUGCGCAGCGUGCAAGAUGCGUCUCAGCUGGUCCACAGCGCAGGCGCCAGUAGCGAGCACCAGUGCUCUGCACGUUGACGAGACAGCCUCACGCAUGCCUUCCUCUCCCGCCAAUGGAAGGCGUCCUCAGCCAAUACGAAGUCAUACCGACAGCGUAAAGGCGUCCGCAAGCAAGUCAACGAGCACUGCCUCGCCUCGAUCCAAGAUUGCUCAAACACGCGAAUGGCAGAAGGAGCUCGACGCAUUCGAAAACAUGUCGAUCGAAGAAGCGUCGGCGCCAGUCUUGCUGCGCCGGAGCACAGAACCGCUUAAACUCAGCAAACGGCGACUUUUGGCAGCCCCAAACACUAGACAGCGCGAUGCUUCCUCCGAUGGCGAGCUCGUCCUCGAUGCCAUCUGGGAAAGCUUUCUCGAAGAUGUCAUGCAGACUAGCUCGUCUCCGUUUGAUGGUGCGGUAGACGCGCCCAAGCGAGCGGAACGCAAGAAGCAUCGUCCACCGCCAUUGCAGCUGGCAGCGAGACAUGUCACAUUCCAGGACACAGCGAUUCCACUGACAGCGCCGUUGCCUGCUCGAAGCCAGUGGAUCUCAUCUGAAGAUCUGCACUCGCGGCAGUAUAGCCAUCGCAAUAAUUCUGGUUCGACAAGCUCAGUCUCUUCCCUGGCACCUUCGCUCGCUCAAUCGGGCUAUGCCAGCACAAGCAGCUUUUUGACCAGUCCGUCCUCUGAGAUCUGGAGCAGAAGCUCGUCAGCCUCGACAAUGGACUCCAGCAUAGCGUCGCCCAGCGCUAGCGAGACCUGGUGUGCCUCACCGAUAGACACCGUGUCAGAAGAGAGCAAGCAUCGCCUCAAACCAAAAAGAAGCUUCUACAUCGAGGAGGCAGAGCACGAAGACGACUGGCAGAACCAGUCCGCCACUGACCAAGUACUGGAAGUCUAUGGCUUCGCAAUCUGACGGAUGGCUUCCGAGUCUCACGGCAUUGACGAUCACGACACACUGAUGACACACUGAUGAACGAUAUGGGUUGUUGUGUUUCUAUGCCUCAGUUGCAAUCAUGACUGGACACGAUGUAGGGCAGACCCUGCAGCGAGGAUCUACGCGACGAUG